AUGCGCCUGUACAGUGUGCAGCAAGCAAGCCGCACCAGCCGAGCCGUCCGUCCGCGCGCUCGCUCCGCCACGCCGCGCCGGCCUUGGCUGCUCCGCCUCGGCCUCGGCAUGAGGCUGCUUCUCGCCUUGGUCGCUCUGUUCUCGCACCUCGCCGCUGCGGCGCCGGCCGUGGCAUCCGCCGGCCGACCUGGGCCUGGAUUCGCGGCCCUGCAAGCCCGCCAGUUCGGGUUCGGAAUCGGCCUUGGAGAGAGCAACGACCUCCUGCAGGGCUCGGCGAGCGAGUGUCCCCUGGCCAUCUUCAUCUUUGCCAGAGGCACCACCGAGCCCGGCAACCUGGGCUCCCUCGGCCCCCUCAUCGUCAACACCCUCCGAAGGCGGCUGGGCGCCUCCAAGGUCUGGGCCCAGGGUGUCGGCGGCGCCUACAGGGCCGGCUUUCCGGAGAACGCCAUGCCGCUGGGCACCUCGCCGGCCGCCAUCAACGAAAUGAAGCGCCUGCUCGCCCUCGCCCACAGCAAAUGCCCCCGAGCGCAGAUUGUCGCCGGGGGAUACAGCCAGGGCUCGGCGCUGGCCGCCGCGGCAGUCGGCCAGGUGCGCCGCAGCAUCCGCAGGACCAUCGCCGGCGUCGUCCUGUUCGGAUACACCAAGAACCAGCAAAACAGGGGCCGCAUCCCCAACUUCCCGCCUUCGCGGACAAAGGUCUAUUGCAACACCGGCGACAUGGUUUGCAUGGGGACCCUGUUCAUCAUGCCCGCGCAUCUGCAGUACCAGGGUAUAGCGUCCGGCCCUGCGGGCGAGUGGCUCCUCAGCAAGCUUCACAUCGACCAGGGCGGGGAUUGA